UCCGGAAGGCCUCUGGUCGCUCUGGGGUCGUUGCAAUUCUCGUCUCCCUGGUGGGGGCUCCCCUAGUCGGUGCCAAGGGUGGUUUGGGAGGAGCCCUGGCACUGCCUUGCUUACCAUGGCUAAGCCACCAAGCAAAGAUUCUGGGCUAAAGGAGAAAUUCAGGACUCUGUUGGGGCUGGGAACAUCAAGACUUCCCAGGUCUUCUGAGGGGAAACAAACCGAGUUUAUCAUCACUGCUGAAAUUCUGAAGGAACUCAGUGUAGAAUGUGGCUUGAACAAUCGGAUUCGGACAAUAGGUCAGAUCUGUGAAGUAGCAAAAACCAAGAAAUUUGAAGAGCAUGCAGUUGAAGCUAUCUGGAGAGCUGUCGCUGACAUGUUACAGCCUGAGAGGCCAGCAGAAGCCCGGCAUGCUGUUCUGUAUCUGCUGAAGGCCAUUAUUCAGGGUCAGGGGGAACGUUUGGGUGUUCUCAGAGCACAUCUCUUUAAGGUAAUCAAGAAUUACCCCUCCAAUGAAGACCUGCAUGAGAGACUAGAAGUUUUCAAGGCUCUCACUGACAAUGGCAGAUACAUAACAUACUUGGAAGAAGAGCUGGCCGACUUUGUCUUGCAGUGGAUGGAGAUUGGCUUGUCAUCAGAAUUUCUCCUGGUGCUCGUGAACCUGGUUAAAUUUAAUAGCUGUUACCUAGAUGAAUACAUUGCUUCGAUGGUCCACAUGAUCUGUUUGCUGUGCAUUCGCACUGCAUCUUCUGUGGACAUAGAGGUCUCCUUGCAGGUUCUAGAUGCUGUGGUUUGUUAUAAUUGCCUUCCCUCAGAGAGCCUCCCUGUGUUUAUCAUCACACUGUGCCGGACCAUCAAUGUCAAAGAGCUCUGUGAGCCCUGCUGGAAGCUCAUGCGCAAUCUUUUGGGAACCCAUUUGGGCCACAGCGCCAUAUACAACAUGUGCCGUAUCAUGGAGGACAGAGCCUACAUGGAAGAUGCCCCUUUGCUGAGAGGAGCAGUAUUCUUUGUCGGGAUGGCUCUCUGGGGAGCUCACAGACUGUAUUCACUCAAGAACUCACCUACAUCAGUAUUGCCUUCUUUUUAUGAGGCCAUGACGUGUCCCAAUGAAGUGGUGUCAUACGAGAUAGUCCUGUCUGUGACCAGGCUUGUGAAGAAGUACAGAAAGGAGCUACAGGCAGUCACGUGGGACAUCCUUCUAAAGAUUAUGGAGCGGCUCCUACAGCAGCUACAGACUUUAGAGAGCCAAGAGCUCAAAACCAUUGUUCAUGACUUGUUGACCACUGUAGAAGAACUCUGUGAUAAGAAUGAAUUCCAUGGCUCAGAGGAGAGGUUCUUUGGACUUGUUGAGAAAUGUGCCGAUCAGCGACCUGAAUCCUCCCUUCUAAACUUAAUAACCUACAGAGCUCGGUCUAUUCAUCCUGCCAAGGAUGGCUGGAUUCACAAUUUACAAUUAUUAAUGGAGAGAUUCUUCAGGAAUGAGACCCGCAGUGCCGUGCGCAUUAAAGUGCUGGAUGUUUUGUCCUUUGUUCUGAGCAUUAACAGCCAGUUUUAUGAGGAAGAGCUGAUUAACAUGGUAGUCAUCUCACAACUAGCCCACAUUCCUGAGGACAAAGACCACCGAGUCCGAAAACUAGCUACUCAGCUGCUGGUGGACCUAGCAGAAUGCUGUCACACUCAUCACUUUAACAGCUUGUUGGAUAUCAUUGAAAAGAUAAUUGCACGUUCACUUUCUCCUCCUCCUGAAUUGGAAGACCGAGACUUAGCUUCAUAUUCAGCUUCCUUAGAAGAUGUGAAGACUGCUGUACUUGGUCUUCUGGUUAUUCUUCAAACCAAGCUGUAUACCUUGCCAGCCAGCCAUGCCUCCAGAGUGUAUGAGAUGCUGGUCAGUCAUAUUCAACUGCAUUAUAAGUACAUGUACAGGCUUCCAAUUGCCAGCAGCAUCAGGCUUAAGGCCUUUGACUUCUUGCUGCUGCUACGAGCUGAUUCGCUCCAUCGUCUUGGCCUUCCCAAUAAAGAUGGUGUUGUGAGAUUUAGCUCCUAUUGCCUCUGUGACAACAUAGAACCUGAGAGAGGCUCUGAGAAGAAGGCCAGUGGUGGUACCCUCUCUCCACCCACGGGGCCUCCCAGCAUUGUUGCGCAGGGUGCAUCUGUCCGCUUGGGCUAUUUGCCCUAUUCCCGGUUCUUUGGGGUGCUCCUCCAAUGUUUGAAGCAGGAGACUGACUGGAAAGUAUUGAAACUGGUUCUCAGUAAGCUGCCAGAGUCCCUCCGUUACAAAGUUCUCAUUUUCACUUCUUCUUGCAAUGUGGACCAGCUCUCCUCUGCUCUCUGCUCAAUGCUUUCAGAUAAAAAGACUCCCGAGCGACUCUACGGCACACCUGAUGGCUUCUCUCGGACAGACUUACACUUGGCAGUGGUUCCAGUACUGACAGCAUUGAUCUCUUACCAUAACUAUCUGGAUAAAACUAAACAGCGGGAGAUGGUAUAUUGCCUGGAGCAUGGCCUCAUUUACCGGUGUGCUAACCAGUGUGUCGUGGCACUGUCAGUGUGCAGUGUAGAAAUGCCAGAUGUCAUCAUCAAAGCGUUGCCAGUCCUGAUUGUGAAGCUCACCCACAUUUCUGCAACAGCCAACAUGGCUAUCCCUCUCCUGGAAUUCCUUUCAACUUUAGCCAGAUUGCCUCACCUCUACAGGAACUUUGCUGCCGAGCAGUAUGCAAGUGUGUUUGCCAUCUCCCUGCCAUACACAAACCCUUCCAAAUUCAAUCAAUAUAUUGUAUGCCUGGCUCAUCAUGUUAUAGCCAUGUGGUUCAUCAGAUGUCGAUUACCCUUCCGAAAAGACUUUGUACCCUUCAUCACCAAGGGCUUACGCUCCAAUGUUCUCAUGUCUUUUGAUGACACCCCUGAAAAGGACAGCUUCAGAGCUCGGAGCACGAGCCUUAACGAGAGGCCCAAAAGUAGUUUAAGGAUAGCCAAACCCCCCAAGCAAGGCUUGAAUAACUCUCCUCCCGUGAAGGAAUUCAAAGAGAGCUCUGCAGUUGAUGCCUUCCGGUCCCGCAGCAUCAGUGUGUCUGAACAUGUGGUUCGCAGCAGGAUACAGACAUCCAUCACUAGCUCUAGUUUGGGCUCUGCAGAUGAGAAUUCAAUGGCUCAGGCUGAUGAUAACCUAAAAAACCUUCACCUGGAACUCACAGAAACUUGCUUGGAUAUGAUGGCCAGAUAUGUCUUUUCCAACUUUACAGCUGUACCAAAGAGGUCUCCUGUGGGAGAAUUUCUGCUUGCUGGAGGGAGAACCAAAACCUGGCUGGUUGGGAACAAGCUAAUAACUGUAACGACAAGUGUUGGUACUGGGACCAGGUCCCUGCUGGGUCUGGACUCUGGAGAGCUGCAGAAUACUGAAUCAAGCACAGAUCCCAGUUUGCAAGUGAGACAGACAAAGGAAGCACCAGCCAAGUUAGAAUCCCAGGCUGGCCAGCAAGUUUGCCGGGGAUCCCGAGACCGUGUUCGGUCUAUGUCAGGGGGACACGCUCUCCGGGUCAAUGCCUUGGAUACUCCAACCUCCCACUUCCCAAGCAGCCCUGCUUCUCCAGGGUUACAGAGUGCACCCACUGCUCGGACAGAGAAGGCUUCAGCCAGUGCCCAGACCCCUUUACAGAAAGGAAAGACCAACCUGGCUGCCUACGUGCCCCUCCUCACCCAGGGCUGGGCUGAGAUCCUGGUCCGGAGGCCCACAGGGAAUACCAGCUGGCUGAUGAGCUUAGAAAACCCUCUAAGUCCAUUCUCUUCAGAUAUCAACAACAUGCCGCUUCAGGAACUAUCUAAUGCAUUAAUGGCAGCUGAACGUUUCAAGGAGCACCGGGAGACGGCCCUGUAUAAGUCCUUGUCGGUGCCGUCCUCUAGCCUUACCACGGGGACAGACAAGCCUUCCCUCCUACAGCGGUCCAAUACAGCUGCUCACGUGGUUCCCUUUGCAGUGGCCUCUUUCUCUUCCAUGUACCAGUCCAGUUGUCAAGGAAAGUUGCAUAGGAGCGUUUCCUGGGCAGAAUCUGCAGUUGUCCUUGAAGAAGGAAGCCAGACAGAGGUGGACUUGAGAGAGACAGAGUCACCGUGCGAGUGUCAAGAGAUAGAGGAUUUUGAAGGCUCUCAGUCAGCUGCAAGUGAUGAGAGGUUCAGCAAACUUCAGGAAGUCUAUAGUAGGUCCUCAUCCACUUCAAGUCAAGAAGAGAAAUCCUUCCGCUCCGAAGAGCUCAUGACAUGUGGGAUUCCCAUUGAGAGAGCUGUCUCUUCUGAAGAUGGCAGACCCAUAGCCGAUCACUCCUUCCAGCCUUCCCAGCCCCUCAGCAAGUCCAGCUCUUCUCCUGAGCUACAGACCCUGCAGGAUGUCCUUAAGGAUGCUGAGGAUAAAGGGCAUCUUGGGAAGCUGAGCACAGAGGUCAAAGCUAAGUCCCAGUCAGGGAAUUUAGAAGGGGAAGGAGCCAACAUCUGGCCAAGCCCAGGAGAGGAGAGCAGAGACCUUGGUGCAGGCCGGCAAGAGGCUGUAAUGCCAUCUUCAAGCUCACCACGUUCCCCAAGUGGCCUCCGGCCUCGGGGCUACACUAUCUCUGACUCAGCCCCCUCAAGGAGGGGCAAGAAGAUGGAGAAGGAUGCCUUCAAGAGUAGAGCUGCUACUUCCAACACAGAGAAGGUGCCUGGGAUAAACCCCAGCUUUGUAUUCCUGCAGCUCUACCAUUCUCCUUUCUUUGGAGAUGAGUCCAACAAGCCACUCCUCUUGCCUCCUGAGACUUUUGAAAGGUCCGUGCAGCUCCUAGAUCAGAUUCCUUCUUAUGAUACCCACAAGAUUGCUGUCCUUUAUGUAGGAGAAGGCCAGAGCAACAGUGAGCUCGCCAUCCUGUCCAAUGAGCAUGGCUCCUACAGGUACACAGAGUUCUUGACAGGCUUGGGGAAGCUCAUUGAACUCAAAGAUUGCCAGCCAGACAAGAUCUACUUGGGGGGCCUGGAUGUGUGUGGGGAAGACGGGCAGUUCACCUACUGCUGGCACGAUGAUAUCAUGCAAGCUAUCUUUCACAUCGCCACUCUGAUGCCCACCAAAGACUUGGACAAAUACCGCUGUGACAAGAAGAGGCACCUGGGGAAUGACUUUGUGUCAAUUAUCUACAAUGACUCUGGAGAAGACUUUAAGCUGGGCACCAUCAAGGGCCAAUUCAACUUUGUCCAUGUGAUAAUCACUCCUCUGGAUUAUGAGUGUAAUUUGGUCACGUUGCAGUGUCGGAAAGAUAUGGAAGGCCUUGUGGAUACCAGUGUGGCUAAAAUUGUAUCAGACCGAAACUUGCCCUUUGUUGCCCGCCAGAUGGCAUUACACGCGAAUAUGGCAUCUCAAGUCCAUCACAGCAGGUCAAACCCUACAGACAUCUAUCCCUCCAAGUGGAUUGCCAGAUUACGCCACAUCAAACGGCUCCGGCACAGGAUCCGGGAAGAAACCCAGUAUCCAAACUCUGGCUUCCCCUUGAUGCAGAUGCAUCCACCAGCUCACCCCAAGUCCCCACCCCAGGCCCCAUCAGAUUCUACUCCCACUUAUGAGACAGGCCAGAGGAAACGGCUCAUCUCUUCCGUGGAUGACUUCACGGAGUUCGUAUGAGCCUUGGGAGACAAAAGCCUGUGAUCACUUCCCAAGGUAGCGUCUCUGGUUCUGUUCCUGAAAUGCUAUAGGGUGUCAGUGACUUCACAGACUGUGUCUCAAUUGGCAUUUCAGCUGUUGAGCCCUGAACCAGCUCACUUUCUCCUGUGAGAUUAACACAGACCCUCUGCCUUGAGAGCUGGCCAGGCCUGGCCCAGAACUACCGAAGCUGCUUCCUUCUGACUGUGUUGUUCAUUAGCCCAACAAUGUAGUCAGAACUGUUUAUAAAUGUAAAUGAAAUAAAGUGUUUGGAUGGUU